AUGAUGUACGAACAAAUGCUAACUUUGAACAGCACCGACGGCACAAACACCACCCACACAUCACAUUUCAAGAUCCCCGAAAUAGACCGUCUCAUUAUAAGCCCAGGUCCUCCAGUCCUCGAAAUCAUCUCUCCACCACCAACACACCAUCCCUCAAGAGCAGGAAAAACUUCACUCCUCUACCUUGUCAUCGCCCAAGCCAUACUCCCUCCAUCCGUCGCCAGUAUUCCCUUGGGCGGCCAAGAAGCAGCUGUCAUCGUCUUCGACCCACUGCACCACUUCAGCGUCCCUCGACUAGCAGAAAUAAUGCUCUCGCUCCUGAACUCGCGCCUCCUCUCCACAGACCAGGAAGUCGACGAACCCCUAAAAACCGAAAUGAAAACCAUAAUUAAAACUUCGCUCCAACACCUCCACAUCUUCCGCCCUCAGUUCUGGUCUUCUCUACUGGCAACCCUCGAUUCACUACCAGACUACCUGUUCAACCAGACGACUCCACAUAAGAGUAUGCACCGCCCCAUCCACUCCAUCGCCCUCGAAGAUAGCGACGCUUUCGUCUGGCCGAUACGAAACAAGAACGCUUCCAACUCUACGUCUUCGAAUACUUUGGCAACGGCAUCCACACAACUCACAAUUCGCCUAGCCAAGCUCACCAAAUUACUCUCCUGCGCCAUGGUACUGACGUCGCAAUCUACCACGCCGUCGACGUACAGACCCGCGUUGCCUACAUCGUGGCCUCAGGGUAUGUCAGUCACCCGAUUAGCAGUCCGUCGUGUAGAUGUACUCAAGUUUGCAUCGGCGAUGAAUGUUGAAGAAGCUGAAAGAGAAAGAUUGCAGCGCUGGGAAGUGGUUAGUCGAGGACGGUUUGAGUGCUGGAAAGUGGGUGUGGGCACGAGAGAUGGCGAGGGAUUUGUCUUUAGGGUUGGGAAGGGGAUUGUGGUGGAGAGGGAUAACGGAGGGUAA